AGCGGUCACCCAAUAUCAAUUCAUCAAUUGUCUGAAAUUUGAGAAACAACACAACCAAACCUUCUUCUCCGAGGUCGUUCGUGGACCAUGCAAUUCAUUCUCAGAUUGACCCGGUAAGAACAUCAAGAACGCUUCCAGAGAGAGCGAUAAGAGUACUUUAUAUUCGACAAUGAACCAUAGAAUGGCAUCUUUAGCUCGAGCUCCGUCCAUGAUGUCUACCAAUACUGUUCCCAGACUCCAUAUUCGAACCCUGAACUUGUUGAAAAGCUCAAACUCAGUACGUUUACACACUUUCCCUCACAUUCAGAUAAAAAGUCCCCCUGUUUGCUGCACAAAACUGUCUUCCUGGGAUCCCUCAUCUGACACAUAUACCCCCACGGACAGUGCCAGUGAUAACUUUUUGAAUAAAACCACCAACAUAUUUGAAACCCUUUCCUCUGCUACCACUGCCGAAGCACCAGAUACCAACAGUGAAAAGCUUAAUGGCGCAAGUAAUCAGAAAGGAACCGAGCUUCAGGUCCUCAAAUGGCCAAUGUGGCUUCUGGGCCCUUCUUUUCUCCUCCUCACUGGCAUGUUGCCAACACUGUGGCUACCAAUAUCUUCCAUAUUUCUUGGCCCCAACAUAGCAAGCCUACUUGCUUUGGUUGGACUCGAUUGCAUUUUUAAUCUUGGUGCAACCCUUUUUCUUCUCAUGGCUGAUUCGAUAGCCCGGCCUAAAAGUUCAGCACAGGCCUGCAAAAGCAAACCUCCUUUUAGCUACAAGUUUUGGAAUAUAGUUGCAACUGUGACUGGAUUUAUCAUCCCCCUGAUGAUGGCUUAUGGAUCCCAACAGGGUUUCCUCCAACCCCAGUUGCCUCCCAUCUCAUUUGCAGUUCUAUUGGGUCCUUAUCUUCUGCUUAUCGCAGUACAGAUUGUGACUGAGAUGCUGACUUGGAAUUGGCAGUCACCGGUUUGGCUGGUAACCCCUGUGGUUUAUGAGGGUUACCGUUUGUUGCAGCUGAUGAGAGGAUUGAAGCUUGGAACUGAAAUCAUCGCACCAGCAUGGAUGAUGUAUACAAUUAGAGGACUGGUGUCCUGGUGGGUUCUGAUUCUUGGUAUGCAGUUGAUGAGGGUUGCUUGGUUUGCAGGCUUCGCUAGUCGAUUUCGUCAGCAACUGUCGCCUCCUGGUGAUAAUUAGUACUCUAUAUACAUAGUUCUGUGGCUUUGAAUAUUGUUUGUUUUUGUAGGUGAAGAAAUAUGUGGUUUAAUAACCCUAUUCUUUGCUUUGUUCAUAUAAAGUAAUGAAUGUACAUGUACUGUAUAUCUCUGAACUAUCUAGGAAUGUACUGAAAAGAGAUGUCAUCUUGUGUUAUACAUUACAGUAAUCUAUUUGUCUAUUUGGUUGAA